AUCAACUUCCUUUUACAACUCAAGAUGGCGACGACGGGAAAUUUGUCGAAGAAAAAGAAGUUCGUCUUGGACGGUGUAUUUAAAGCCGAAUUAAAUGAAUUCUUCACUCGUGAGUUGGCCGAAGACGGCUACAGCGGUGUUGAUGUACGCGUAACUCCUACAAGAACUGAAAUCAUCAUUCUAGCCACUCGUACCCAAAGCGUUUUGGGUGAAAAAGGCAGACGAAUCCGUGAACUAACAGCCGUUGUACAGAAAAGGUUCAAGUUUCCGGAAAACUCUGUUGAGUUGUACGCCGAAAAAGUAGCCGCCCGUGGACUCUGCGCUAUCGCUCAAUGCGAAUCUUUAAGAUACAAAUUGAUCGGUGGUUUAGCUGUAAGAAGAGCAUGCUACGGUGUAGUUAGAUUUAUUAUGGAAUCAGGAGCUAGAGGAUGUGAAGUUGUCGUCUCUGGAAAAUUGAGAGGACAGCGUGCAAAGAGUAUGAAAUUCGGAGAUGGUCUUAUGAUCCACAGUGGUGAACCCUGCAAGCAGUAUGUCGACACCGCUGUUCGCCACGUUCUCCUUCGUCAAGGUAUGUUGGGAAUCAAGGUUAAGAUCAUGUUGCCGUUCGAUGCUACUGGAAAACUUGGACCCAAGAAACCAUUGCCUGACAACGUAAAUAUUUCCCAAGUAAAAGAAGAGGUUCUUCCAACUGAGCCACGUAGCGAACCUCCAAAGGAUACUAGACAGGCACCCCCCGUGGCAGCGCAAGCGGCGCCUCAGUAA